UAUGGCGCUCCAUUUAUAAUACAUAUGUACACAAGUCAAUGUAUGGGUGACUUAAGGAUUAUAUGUAAAUAAUAAUACGCCGAUAAGAUUAGCUCGGUGGCUUGGAGAUUAACUUAAGUUGUAUAGUGAUUUUGUCAAAUUUGUCAAUCAAUAUUAAUAUAGCAACAAGGAAUGAUAUUCUAUGCAGUAGGCUCCUGAUAAGAAUUGGCAGUUUUAGAACUUAACAUUUUCUAAUGGAACUUCAAGCACUUUGAUAAGAAUAAAAGUGAAGAAUUCACAAGUGAAAUAAUGCCGGGCGAUAUAUCAGGCCCAGACCUACAACUAGCUAGACCAAAGACUAGUCCAGCAGCUAUAACUAGAACAGGAAGAAGAGGAAAAUCAAAACAGGAUGAAACAACUCCAGAAUAUCAUGUUGAAUUACUUGAAUACGAAUGGCCGGAUUUACCACCGAUUCCGCAUAUGAAAGAUGCAAUAACAAGAGAGAAAGUAAGCAAGGGUAUAAGUUACCUUUUACCAAUUGAUAAAGGUAAAAACUCGAUUGAUAAUAAAUACAGAACGGACCUCAGAGCCAUGUUUCAAGAGCCGUAUGCUAAUGACGACCAUGGAUACAAUGAUAGCAAGGUCAAACUUAGUGCGCAUGUACAUUUUGAUACAAACGCCGUUGACACAAAAUGGUCAAAAUCUUUACUGAAGCAAAUACCUGUAGAAGUCAAUUCAGAUUCUGAUAAAUUUAGGAAAAUGUAUGCACGUUCAGCGCCAAUUGGGCGCUCAAAAACAAUGGGUUUGGAUACGGAUAAAAUAAGAACUCGAUCGUGCCGUUAUCUGCCAAUGAAAACGGUUCAACAUCCAGAAGCUAUGGAACUCCGACAGGAAGUAGAAAAAAUAAUCCGAACUGUGUAUAGUGAUAAUGAUGAUAGCGAUAUUGAGACGGAGGUGGGUGAAGUCGACGCCUCUCGUCACGUCAGGCGGUUCUCACUUUAUCCUAGACGAACUUCUGAGUAUAUACCACGUUUAAAUACAGAUACUGAAAGUUUCAUGUCUAUAAAGCCACCACGUUUAAAACUAACUGCGGAUAAAUUUAAUAGUUACGAACAAUUGAAGUUGACGAAACCACCUAAAGCAGUGAUACCGGAACUAUUUAUAUGUAAAUACAUUAAAAAAGAACGUGCUCAAGAAAUUUGGGAAUGGUUACAUUACGGAGAAGAAAUGUCAGAAUUUGAAUAUUUUCUAUCUGUAUGUGGGUAAAUAAAUGCAUUUUUCUUA